AUGCCGUUGAUGAGAUAUUAUGACUACGAUUACUAUGACAGCACUAAUAGCACAGCCAAAGCAAUUUCGUCACGAAGUGGAUCCUCGGCCCCUCUUAGUCACCUGUGUGACGUUUACCACAGUUACCAUCCAUCUUGUGAUCUGAAUCGAAGUUUGUACACGACUCCAUCGGGUUGUUCCGUGAGCUAUCGAAUGAAUAUGACAAUCCAUGAUUUCGAAAACUGUGGCGACUCGUCGUUUUACGAUAGCAGCAUGAUGCAGAAGAAAAAGAAAAGUCGGGUGCGGUUAGCACUUAAGGAGCUAGUUGGGAGACCGUCACGACGCGACUCUUCUGCUCGUUUGGACUCAUCCAGAAAGGAUGCAUAUCGAAGCGAAUCUCCGCGAAAACGUAACGGCUUUUCUUCCACAGCUAUGACUACUUAUUCGACGUUAACACCAAGAAAUGUCUAUAGAGCGCCAAGUGCCGACAUGGUUGCAUUUUCAUUUCCGUGGUUAGAUUCACGUCGAGAACGACGUCAAGGAAGACAUCAUCCUUCAAAUCAUGGAUCUGUCAAAGUGGAGAGCUACGCCGUUACUGAACCCAGAGCCGUCGAAUUUGGCAUAGCUAACAGAAGUAAAAGAAGUAAACGUUAG